AUCAUUCGUCGGUCCCUCUGAUAAGGUCGCAACUGUUUACCAGCCCCUGACGCAAACGUUCGAUAAGAUAAGGCAGAAAAACGCCUCAUCACGAACGGACUCUUAAAAACUCUUUUUCGCUUCAGCUUCCGAGGUGUUAUAUAGCCAUAUUUUCCCUCUCUGACCAAACAGAGAUCAAUAUGGUGCGAAACGCUCAAGACAUUUGGGAAGAUGGGUCCAGGGAGCAACACGGGGGGGCCGAGCCAUUCCUCUUCAGUUCAGAAUCUGUGGGGGAAGGACACCCUGACAAACUCUGUGAUCAAAUCAGUGAUGCCGUCCUAGAUGCUCAUUUGAAGCAAGAUCCACAUUCUAAAGUAGCCUGCGAGACAGUUACGAAGAACGGGAAAAUCCUUGUUUGCGGAGAAAUCACCUCAUCUGCCAAGGUAGAUUACGACUCUGUUGUCCGAAAUGUUCUGAAACAUGUGGGUUAUGAUGAUAUAACUAAAGGUAUUGACUGUAAAAGCUGUGAAAUUGAGCUGGCCAUUGACGAACAGAACCCUGAAAUAGCCAAUGGUGUUCACAAAGACAAACAUGAAGAAGAAAUUGGAGCUGGAGAUCAGGGCCUUAUGUUUGGCUAUGCAAGUGACGAAACAGAAGAAUGCAUGCCUCUUACAAUAAUGCUGGCUCAUAAACUGAAUUCCAAACUAGCAGAACUCCGAAGGAAUGGAACAUUUCCCUGGGCUGGUCCCGAUACCAAAUCGCAGGUAACCUGUGAAUAUGUGUUCGAACACGGAGCUACUGUUCCCCUCAGGGUCCACACAGUCGUAAUAUCCACACAGCACACCGAUGACAUCACUCUGGACCUCUUAAGGGAGGAAGUCAUGAACCGAGUGAUCCUGGAGGUCAUACCCAAGCAGUAUCUCGAUGACCAAACUAUUUAUUAUAUCAACCCCUGUGGACGCUUCGUUACAGGAGGACCUAUGGCCGACGCUGGGCUCACAGGCCGCAAAAUCAUCGUUGACACCUAUGGAGGUUGGGGUGCCCACGGAGGUGGAGCCUUUUCCGGUAAAGAUCCCACCAAAGUGGACCGAUCGGCAGCCUACGCAGCCAGGUGGGUGGCCAAAUCUCUGGUGGCUGCUGGUCUGUGCAGAAGAUGCCUUGUCCAGUUAUCAUACGCAAUAGGCAUUGCUGAACCUCUGUCCAUUUCAAUCUUUUCUUACGGAACGUCAGAUAAAACCACCAAAGAACUACUACAAAUCGUCAAGGACAAUUUUGAUCUAAGGCCAGGAAAAAUCAUAAAAGAGCUAAAAUUGCAAACUCCCUUCUACCAGAAAACCUGUGUCUAUGGUCAUUUUGGAAGACAAGAAUUCCCCUGGGAAGUCCCCAAGACUUUGAUUCUAUAGCAGUGCUUAAAGAAAUUUCAUUAAUUGUUUUUAUCAGUCCUUAAUUUUUAUAUUGUUUUGUCUUUUAUGAAUGUAAUAAAAUCUGCGUAUAAAGCUGCAGUUAUAUAGUCUAGUUAUUUAAGAACACUUUGAGCAUUUAAAUUGACCUCCUGGAAGACUCGGCCAAAUUUAUCUUUGUUAAAGAUUUGUGACAUGUUGUGCUUGUAUAUUUGUUUACUGUGAAGUCAGAAAUAAAAUAUGCACUUUUAUUUUUGUUAA